UCCUCUAAAUUUGGCACAAAUGCUCCAAUAUUGAAAAACAGAAAAACUAAAAACGAGGAAUUGGAAAAGUUAUCAGAAAAACUAAACCCACACAACAAGUCAACAAGAAAAGGCAAACAACCCUACA